UACUGGGGUCAUUUGCCUUUCUUUCGAUUUCACGAUGACAACAACCGCUUUGUUAUUGGUAUACACCUUUGAUAUGUGUCCCCCGCUGAAUCCCCUGUAGCACCGCCCGUUCCCAUCUUUGUGAUGGCUCAUUGGCGAACUGAAAGGGCAGCCCUUUUUCUUUCAACUCUUCAUGUUGUUCCGUGUGAACUGUGCUUAAAUUCGGCAGCCAAGCCCGCUGGCUUCAUCACAUCGGAGAGUCAUUCCACCUGACCAGAAAAGUAAUUCCACCUGACCAGAGCGUAUCUCUUCUCCUCGUGACGGACCACGGUAGCAGUCACCAUGUCGCCAUGUCUGCUGAUGGCCUGCGUGCUGAGCUUGUUCGCGUCUUCGGUCAUGUGCGUUGAGAGCGGCUUGUGGAAGAGAUAUGGCACGGGUUGCUUCCGCUUCUUCAGCAUGCCCAGAUGUUGGCAUCAGGCCGAGGAUCACUGUGUCCAAGAGGGUGGUCACCUGGCCAGCUUCCACGCACACCACGAGGUGGUGUUCUUGAAUGGCCUGAGCGAGGGCUCCGCGAACACAUGGGUGGGAAUGCAUAUCGGCUGGUACACCUAUUGGCUUUUCUGGUGGAGGAAGACCCUUUCAUUUACUGACGGAAGCUCUGUGGACUUCCUUGACUGGGAUCCUGAGCCAUGGCACCAUGAAUGCGUUGUGGUGAGGGGGAACCGACGUCUCACCGACAUGGAUUGCGGCAAAGCCCUGCCAUUCAUCUGUCAAAAAGACCAUGGCUCCCCUUGUCCUACCUGUACAUGUCCUGCGUGCACCUGUGAUAAGUGUCCUUGUCCCAAGUUGGAGUGUCGUCCUUGUAGUUGUCCUGAGUGUCAUUGUGCUACUUGUGCCCCUCCUACCACCUGUCCUCCUGUUCCCCGUCUGACCUGUCCGACUAAUCUUCCUAUGACUACCUCUGCCAACAUCAGGACCAGGUAA